GUGUUCUAAGCCUUACAUUCCAAGCAAUCAUCUGGUAUAUAUAUGUAGCUCGUAAGUGUUGAGCGUUAAACUGACAGAAUUGAACACACCAUGCUCUGGCGCUGCAGCGUGCUGGCGAUCGCCGCCUGCUUCUCCGUUAACAUCGUCUCAACUAGUGAGUUUAAAUGUGAUGUGCGCAUGCGCAUUGAAUCUGGUUGGGUAUGCGGUCUGCGUAGACGUGGAGAAUACAACACUGAGUACGCUAGCUUCAGGGGCAUUCCGUAUGGCCAGCAACCCUUGGGGGAGCUGCGGUUUAAGGAGCUUCAGCCAGUUAAACCGUGGCCUAAUCAUUUGGAUGCCACAGAAGAAGGUCCCAUAUGUCCUCAGACUGAUGGGCUUUACGGAGAUUUGGUGGCCCCCACACAGGGUAUGAGUGAAUCUUGCAUCCAUGCCAAUGUCCAUGUGCCCUACGACGCUCUUCCAGUUGUUAAAAGUACUGGUGAAGACGAAGACAAAGAUUAUGAUGGAAACAAGAAAGGUGUUCCUAUUUUAGUUUUUAUUCAUGGUGGAGGUUUUCAAGUAGGAUCAGGAGACGCUGAUCUUCACGGACCAGAGUACCUCGUCAGCAAGGGAAUAAUUGUGAUCACUUUCAAUUAUAGGAUUAACGUGUUUGGCUUUCUUUCGCUAAAUACUCCCAAGAUCCCUGGCAAUAUGGGUCUCAGAGACCAGGUGACGCUGCUGCGCUGGGUUCAGCGAAAUGCGAGAGCUUUUGGUGGAGACCCGAGCGAUGUAACGCUAGCGGGGGAGAGUGCAGGAGCAGCCUGUACCCAUUUACUGUCUUUGUCAAAUGCCACCAAGGGACUUUUUAAAAGGGUUAUAAUAAUGAGUGGUACCGCCGUACCAGCAUUUUAUGCAGUUUCUUCGAUCUAUGCUAAACAAUCAGCAAAUAGAUUUCUAACAAUCUUAGGGAUCAAUUCUACAGACCCAGACCUCAUCCAUGACCAACUUGUUAAAACCCCACUCGAGGACAUUUUAAAUGCUAAUGCCGUGUACCAGGACGAGGGCGGGUUAGUUUCUUUUGUACCAGUGAGGGAAGACAAACAAUUAGGACUUGAGAAAAUUGUAGAUGAUGACCCAAUUACACUUAUGGAGCAAGGUCGAGGGAAAGAAUAUCCAAUGAUAGUCGGUUUCAGUACAAACGAGUGCGAAUUUUUCAAAAAAAGAUUGUUUUACAUUGAUAUUUUGGGUCGGAUAGAAGCGAACCCACUCGUGAUUUUAAGACCUGAAAUUUCAUUUUCAACGAUGUCUGAUGUAGCCCUCUCACUGGCCAAUAAAGUAAUUGACUGGUACUUCCACGGAGAACUAAAUAUGGAGGACUAUUUAGAAGUAUGCAGAGAUACAUUGUUUAUGUAUCCAGCAUUUAAAGUAGUUGAGUGGAGGGCUAGAUUGCACGAUGCCGCACCAGUCUACUUGUAUCAGUUCGCUUACGAAGCAGACUUCAGCACGGUGAAAGCAGGUCUCAAUCUGCAGUACAAUGGCACAGCUCAUGUUGAAGACCUCACUAACAUUUUCCGCGGGAAUGCAAUUCUCGAUGACGGGCAGACUUUCCCUCCCGUCAGUAGAGAUGACUCCAUGAAAGAUUGGAUGACUCAAUUUGUGGUUGACUUCAUGCAUUGCAAUAAGCCAUCCUGCUCCGAGCCGGGCUGGUAUCCAGUGCAGGCAGAUCACUUGAACUAUGAGAACAUCCAGGAACCGACUGUACACGACAACGUACUGCCGAACGAGUACCAACAACACACAAUCAAGUUCUUCGAUAUGAUCGAACAAAUUGCAAGGAACUCCUCACUGGAUACUUCCAUAACUACACACUGAUAGACGACAAAGUAACGACAAGCAUCAGGAGGAGCCGGCACGAACCAAACUUAAAAUUCUGAUAUUUUCUGUUACUAAUCGUGAAAGCCAGUAAUUGGCUUCUUGUUGCAUACCACAUUCUAUUUAAUCAAAUUGUAUAGCUGUUGGUUUUCCAAAUGUAUAAAUAGAUAAAUAAAUAAAUAAAUC